AUGAAUACUAAAACUGAAAAUGUAGUUCCAUUUUUAAAUCUUCUCUCAGAUGGAAAUAUUGGUCGGUUGACGCAAAUCGCAACGCAACUCAUUGCUUCUGCUGCGAAGCAUUCCGCCACUGCAAAUAUUGAAGCACUGACAAGACCGGGACGACCUGAACCGGCUCCUGUUUCCCUCAAUUCCCGACCAUCAGAAAUGAUCGGUCAAUCAAUAACUAAUGCUAUCUCACCAGCUAUAAACAAACUUGCAGAAGUAUCAAAAAUGAAAAAAAUCUCACCAACUAUAACAAAACAUGCAGAAGUAUCAAAAACUGAAAAUCGUGGCUUAAUGACCGAUAAUUAUCAUUCUCAUACUACUUAUGAUAAAAGUUUUAUUAAUGGUGCGAAUUCCCUGAUAGACAUUGCAGAAGCCUUCUUAGGCACUUCAAAACCUUCUACAUCUCCAACACAUAAUCAGAUAAUGUCAAGGAAUCAGAAUGUCGACUGGUUUCCAACUAUUCGGCAAUUAACGCCUGGUGCUAAUAGCAAUUUUGGUAUACCAAAAGGAGAAGGUUGUCUACCAUUUUUAAGUGAAUUUAUGAAAAUGGCAUAUGGAAACUGCGUGAAAAUAGCGGAUGAAAAAGCAUGGGAUUUAUGGGGUAAUCAAAUCAACAAUGCUCUUUUUGGAGGAAAAGUUGACCUCAUUGCAGCCACGAAGGAAACUUGUAAACGUGGUGCUGAAAGGCAGUACUGCGGACAACUACGGAAAGUAAUCAGUGAAUGUGAUAUCUUAGGAUCAUUACAAGUUGGAAUGGAAAUGCAGCGAGCAAUUCAGCGAUGUGAUCAAUUUUCAGGUGUCAUUGAUCAGAAUCCAGUUCACGUACUCGAUCAAGUGAACAGUAUUGUUAGUGGAGAAUUUGCUCAAGGAUUUUUGCAUAAAUUUCUUGGUUAA